AUGGACAGGCGUAUCUCUCGCAGCACGGCCGGUGAUGAUGGUAUGUCCAUCGAUCCGGCCCCGCUUGACCCUGCACCUUUUGAUCCGAUGACUGCUCCUGCCUCUUCCCCCUACCCAUCUUUCCACCCUCCCUCCUCCGAAUCCUUCAACUACACUCCUCCGCAAGGGAGUGGGGUGUUCCAGAACCUACUGGCCACCGAGGCUUCUCAACCUCAGCCUCGUCGUCGAAAGGUAAGUUUUCAACACGCACUCAUGCAGGCUGCUGUGUCUCAGGCACAAGUAGCAAUCAAGAGCACGGACGCUAACUUUUACCAUCCCAAGACGCCACGGUCUGCUGAAGAAACUCAUGAAGAUGAGUUUGAAGAGACCAAGUAUCGCAGGCGGCGCUCCAUCAGACGGAGCACCGACAAAAAGCGUUUCACCGCGGUAGAUGCCGCUGAGAUAAUGAGGCGCCAAGAACUUCAUGAAACGCUCAUGGUCGAACAGGACCUAGCCAAGAAAAGGGUAAGACUCCAACAAGCACUCAUACAGGAUGCUGUGUCUCAGGCACAAGAAGCAAUCAAGAAAGCAGAUGCUAAUUCUUAUCAGUUCAAGAGACGACACGAUACCCAAGAAGAUCAGCUGAAUGAGUCUGAAGCGGUCAUUGACCGCCAGAAGCGCACCAUCAUCCAAAGCACCGAUAGAUCGAAGCGUCGCAGCACUGCAGAUAACAAAAGGUCGCAAGAGCUUGAAGCCCGCGAAGAGCAUAUCUCCCUGGCGGAGAUGCGACUAGCCGAGGCAAAUGCAGAGAACGCUCGAAUCACUGUCCUCGCUCAAAAAGACAAAUCUUCAUACAGCAAGCAGCUGAAAGACAUGGAAGCACGGAUCAUGUUUCUAGAAGGAGAAAUUGAAGAUCCCGGUGCAGAUUUGCGAUUUGCCAAGUCACAGGCCAAGGCCGAGAAGGCUGACUGGCGCCUUCUCUAUGAGGCGAUGAAGAGCACCGAGGGCCGCCGGUCUGAAUGCUUUGUUCGCAUGGAUGAAGCUGCUCGGCAUCUUGACGAGAUGAUCUCCGUUAUUUCAGACAAGUUGAAAGGUAUUGACCGAAUCAUGGUCAACCGUUACCCGCCAGAUCCGCCUGAUCCACCCCCUCCUGAUGAUUGUCCCGGUCUCGUGUCCAGGGCUCCCAAGUCCAGGGCUCGCAAGUUCACUGAUCGCCUGUCUCCCGCUGACGAGUCCACUACUCGCAAUCCCCCUCCCCCAAAACACCGCAAGAGUGUGCCUGUAUCGCAUACCUUCGGAAUCCAGAAUCUGAAUCUUGACUGCAACUACCCCGUUCCGACAACAGAAGACACUACCGGCAACACAUCGUUUGCAGCAGAUGAUGAAUUACAGACCUUCGGUCUGCAGGGUUUGACUCUUGAUUGCGACAACGACAAUCCCCGUUCUACAGCAAAGGACACUACCACCAACUCUCCCCCUGCAGAUCGUCGCAGGCGUCGCCGCUUAUUCUCGUUGCCUGAAUACCGCAGACGUGGCUAUCGCACACGAUCACCUGAGCCACUCAAGCAUGGUCGUCGCUCACGAUCCCCUGCACAAAGCAAGCGUGGUUGUCGCUCACCCAUCUUGGGUGUUGAGAAGUCAAGACUUCCUGGCGACAACCCUCGUCAUGCAGCAGAUAAUGUAUUGCAAACUUUCGGUCUGCAGAGUCUAAGUCUGGGAGGUAGCGACCCCCAGCCAGCAGCGAAGAAGAACAACAACCCCCCUUCUACCAACCCCCCUUCUACAUCAGAGGAUGUAUUGCAAACUUUCGGUCUGCAGAGUCUAAGUCUGGGAGGUAACGACCCCCAGCCAGCAGAGAAGAAGAAUGGAGACAACCCCUCUUCUACAUCCGAGGAUGUAUCGCAGACUUUCGGUUUUCAGCGUCUACGCCUGGGAGGCAACGACCCCCAACCAGCAGCGAAAAACAACAACCCCAACCCCCCUUCUACAUCCGAGGAUGUAUCGCAGACUUUCGGUUUGCAAGGACUCAGCCUGGGAGGCAACGACCCCCAGCCAGCAGCAAAGACUGCUGAUGCCAAGUCCCAUUCUGCAGCUCGUCGUCGCAAGCGCGGCGGUUUAUCCUCAUUGCCUGAAGAACGAAAGCGUCGCUAUAGCUCACGAUCCCCUGAGCUACGUAAGCGUCAGCGCAUAGGCUACGAGUUGUUUGGUGAGCGAUCAAGACGACUUUCUGACGACUACCCACCGUCUACAUCAGAAGAUUUGUCGGGGACUUUCGGUCCUGGGCGUCUCAUUCUUGAUGGCAGCAUCCCCCGUCCUACAGCAGAGAUUACUACCAACAACCCCCCAUCUGCAGCAGGAAAUGCCACCAUCGAGACGCAAUCAGCAGGACAGUCUGCUUUGAAUAGCAGCACUUUAUCUGAGACUCAGCCCCCAGUCAAGCAGGAGGAUGCCAACAUCGAGCCCCCCUGUGCAGGACAGUCUGCUGUGAACAGCAACAUUCCAUCUGAGACUCAGCCUCCAAUCAAGCAGGAGGCAAUCAAACAAGAGGAGGCCACCAUUGAGCCCUCCCAUGCAGGACAGUUUGCUUUGAAUAGCAACGCUGCAUCUGCGACAGAUCGCACAAUUAAGCAGGAGGAUGCUAUCAUCGAGCCCUCCCAUGCAGGACAGUUUGCUUUGAAUAGCAACGUUCCAUCUGCGACAGAUCGCCCAAUCAAGCAGGAGGAUGCCAUCAUCGAGCCCUUUCCCGCGAGACGGUCUGCUUCGAAUAACAACACUCAAUCCGCGGCUCAGCCCACGGUCAGGGAGGAGGAUGCCACAAUUGAGCCCCCUUCCGCAGGACGGUCUGCUUUGAACAACAACACUCCAUCCGCGGCUCAGCCCACGGUCAGGGAGGAAGCAGCAGACAGACUAGCCAAAAACAUUCAGCCAUCCCCAACACCUUCUUCGUCCUCAGAUUUCGGAGUUGGCAGUCGUGCAUAUGAAUUAGAAAUCGCAAGCAAUAAUAUGCGCAGAGAGGACUGGUUUGAAAAACGUGGUAUCCCCUAUGAUGAGGACCGCGACCUGAACUUGCAUCUGAAAGAAGUCAACAUGCCUGACGCCUCAGAAAGUGGCGAGCAAUUCAACGCGGAGACAACCAGUGCCCCAGUUGAUUUGGCCGCUGGCUCAGCCCUAGCGACUCUUCCUCAAGAAUUACUUGCAAGUAUCGAUGAAGCACUCAGAGAUGAGGAACAGCGACAACAACGCCCCUCCACAAUUCCUGAGUCUGGUAACGCACCACCAACCUUUCACCAACCGAGCGAAACUCCCAUUAUUGAUACCCCGAUGCCCGAUGCCUCCGACCUCUUCCCCUCUGCUCCUCGUCUUGCAUGGGACAGAGUCCUAGACUCUGCUGGCACUGCGCCCUGCGCCCCAGAGAGAAAACGGAGUCGGCCAGUGUAUGGGUUUUGGGAAGCCGACAAUCGUUCCGCGAAGUCAUGGGAUGGGAACCUCUACGUCAAGCGGCUCAAGCUUAGCCUACCCGUCAGUCGCCCUCGUUACCUCAAUGCGAGAAAGCGCUGGGUCAAGGCCGUUAAGCCCCGCGGACGUGCCCCAAUCCCGGCAACGCCAGCGUGGGUUAUGCCUGCAGUUGUGAGCUCGUCAGCCAUUCGUGGCCCAGUUCCAGCUCAGGUUGACCCCACAAUGGUUGAGCCAACUGAUCCAAUUGUGGUGUCAGCUCCCGUCAUUGAGCAGCCCACAGUUGCGUCAGUUUUGACUGAGCAAGCGACGGCGGAGGAAGCUGAGAGUGUGCAGCCUCGCGGCCCACCCCCUCGAAUCCAACGUCCGGCUCGAUACACCGACACCGUGUACCGGUCUAGCUCGGUGCUUGGCCAAGGCGCCCGUGACCUUUUCCCACGACAUCAGUCGUCCCAGCAAAUGGGGAUUGCUAGGGACUUCUUGCCGAGUCGUUGGGAUCAGCGUCAGCCAGGUCGUCUUGGUCAGGCUCAGUCAGUCAAUUCAAGUGUUUCCGGACGCUUCGGAUUGCAGGAUGCCCGUGUUAGCUCCCAGAGGGCCAACGGAUCGCAGGUUGAGCAACCACGUGCGGAGAAAGUGAGCGGUCGUCAGGUGGCGGAAUCUGGGCUUCCAACCCCAGUUUCUGCCCCAGCCGUUCCUGAUCCAAUCGUGGUCGAGCUCGACCUUCCGAAGGUCACUUUCAUGGGGACUAUCAGCAAUUCGAUGUCGCAGCUAUACCUGUUCCUGUCGACCGUCUUUGGCUUCAUGGCCAUCCUCGGCGGGUUCUUGGUGGCGGGCAUCGACAUCCUGAUGGCUGUGAUUAUCCCUGCGAUCAUCAGAUUGGCGUUGUCCAUUCUCAAUGUCGUGCAGGCCAUUUGGCAGGAGACUCAUACCGCGGAUUGGGGCCCGGUGUCUUCCUUGUCGUCGAGAUUUGUUCGGCGUCACUGCCCCAGCCGUCUGCCUCUUAUUCUGGCCCUCCUGGUCGUCAUUGGGUACCUUGUGUACUCAUUCCAGUUGCAGGGCAAUGAGGGGCAGUACAUCAGUCAUCUGGACCACCUACGCUACGGUCGUUUUCGCGAAUGGCCGUGGCUGGAAAAGAUCGACUUCUGGGUGACGAGGUGGCUCGCCAAUGAUCGUGAGUUACUGGGAUAA